UCACCCGGCAAAUAUCAAGAAAAAAAAAACACUAAUUUAAAAUGCCUCAUUCUCACUCUCAUGGAAGUUGUGAACAUGAAUCAGAUGGAAUCGAUCCUCUGGAAAUGGGAGUGCAGUAUUCGUUGUAUCAAAAAAUCGAUAUGCAUAAUUUGGAAUGCUUAAAUGAAGCUGAAAAUGAAAGUGCUAAAAAUGUUUUCAAAUCUUAUGAAAACAGAUUAAAUUUUGAGACAUUCGUCGAGUCUGAUUGUGAUGCUGAAUUGUUAUUUAACAUACCAUUUUGUGGAAACAUUAAACUAAAAGGAAUUAGAGUUAUCGGAGCAAACGAUGAUUCACAUCCCAAAAAAGUGAGACUCUUCAAAAAUCGUCCCAAAAUGACAUUUGAUGAUGCCACAGGAAAUGCUGAUCAAGAGUUUGAAUUGGAGAAAGAUUUAACAGGGUCCAUCGAAUACAAUACGCAAGUUGUGAAGUUUCAUUCUGUUCAUCACUUAUCACUUCAUUUCCCAGUAAAUUUCGGACGUAAUGAUGAUCCAACUAGAAUUUACUACAUCGGCCUGAAAGGAGAAUUCAGUGAAGCUCAUCAUCAUGGUGUCACCAUUUGCACUUAUGAAACUACUCCUAAUGUCGCUGAUCAUAAAAAUUCUCUCUUUGAUCAAGUUAAUCAUCAAAUUCAAUAAAAAUUUGUUAAAACUUUAAUAAAAGCUUUUAAAAUAUUAACGAAG